AUGGAGAACUUGGCAUCUUAUGUUCCUGCUACCUUUUCUCCAUGGGCAGUCAUUGCAGUGAUUCUGGGGAUCCCUAGCCUACUGUUGAUGAAAACAUCUGGAUUCUUUGGUUACCAAUAUUUUCAAAAUAUCCAGCAAUCAGCUAGAAAGAUGGAUGACCUCACCAAAGAACUGGAGUUUUUCCUCAACAAAGUAGAAAACUUCACUGGAACAAUGAAGAAAAUACAAGAGGACAUUUUAGGGAAUCUUAAAAUCCAGAUUGAAAAGCUCUUUGGCAUUCUGAAAUUGAAGAAGAUGAACCAAGAUUGCUACCACCAAACUCUCAAGGCUGUGUCUUGGUUUAAUUGUUCUAAUCUUUGUGUCUCCAUGAAUUCUACAUUUUUACAAUCAGGAAAUGAUAUGCUAGUGGAUUCCAUGAAAAAGUUUACAUUAAAUGAUAACUGGAUUGGCAUCUCUUACCAAAGAGAAAGUAAUGAAUGGAAAUGGAUAGAUGGCUCUUCCUAUCCUUUUAGAGCAUCACCAAAGCCAGAACAGAAUUUCCAGGACUUAUGUGUAUAUAUAAAGUUACACACUAUGGAUUCAUAUCACUGUAAUAAAACUUUGCCUUGCAUAUGAGAGAAGAAGGCUUUUAGUGCUGAGAAUUAA